AUGGAAUCGUUUCUUUCUCAGACUGAUACCUUUCUUCGCCUAUUUCGAUUUGCUAUGUGGCAUAUUUUUACCAUUUUAUUUUCGUAUUUUUUAUUUGAUUCUUUCGUUACCUUUUUCCUGAUCCUUUCUUGUAAUUUUUUUUUCCUUUUUAUUUACUUUUUGCUUUUUAGAUAUUUUCUUCCUCAUCGUUUUUCCCUUCUUUAUUUCAUUCUUCAUUUUUUUUUUCUCUUUCAUCAUGUGCAAUUUUCCUUAAUUCAUAAUGUUUUCCUUCCUUGUUAUACUUCCUUCGUAUUCUUAUACAUUUUACACCUUCUUAAGGAAAAAACAUCUGAUGCGUUUCGGGGAUUUUCAGCACCCCAUCGUAUCUAUUCUUCUUCCACCCUGAAGUUUUCUUUUAAUUUUUCUUUUUCCUUUCUCUUGCUUCCCACACCCCCUCUUCUUCUUCAAGAACCUUCUUCAGAAGUCGACAUUGUUCGCUAUCGCCUGCAAUUACUUCAUUCAUUAAAAAUUAUCUAUCUAUCUAUCUAUCUAUUCAUAUUUUAUCUAUCAAUUCAUAUUUUCUAUCUAUCCAUCUACAUGUCUAUUUAUCCAUCUCUAUCUCGUCUAUUCAUAUUCUAUUCAUAUCUAUCUAUCUAUCUAUCUAUCUAUCUAUCUAUCUAUCUAUCUAUCUAUCUGUUUUGUAUGACUAGAUUGUAUUCUCUUUGUACAUUUUCGGUGUCUCAGUCGUAUCAUUUUAAAAAUAAACUGCGUUUCAUUCUGACUUUUCUGCUUUCCUUCUUCUUUUUCUUCUUUUUUUCGUCCUUUCUUUCCUUUUCUUCUUUUCCGUUUACUUUUACUUACAUUCUUUCUUUCCUCUCUUUUCCUGCUUCCUUGUCGGUUUCAUUUUCUUUCCUUCUUUUCCUUUUCACCUCUUCUUUGUUAUUUGUUUACUUUUCCUUCAUUCUUUCUUUCCUUCUUCUUUUCUCUUUCCUUCUUCUUUUCUCUUUCCUUCUUCUUUUCUCUUUCCUUCUUCUUUUCUCUUUCCUUUUCCCUCAUUUCUUCUUUUCCUUCCUUUUCCUUCAUUCGUUUUCCUCUUUUCCUUAUUUUUUUCUCUCAUUUAUUCUAUCGUUUAUCACAAUUAAUUAUGUGCGUGCUAAACAUCAGACUUAA